AUGGGAAUCCCCACGGAGCUAGUCGGCAGUCUCCCCCGGCCGGGGGCGUUGCAAAAGACAUACGCGGACUACGACGCUGGAAAGAUCUUCAAAGGUAAACUGGAGAAGGCCCAGGAUGCGGCGGUUAAAGACUCCAUCGAUCGCUUGAGACAGACUGGCGAGACCUUCGUUAGCGACGGCGAACAAAGAGCAAGCUCUUUCGCGACGUACCCAAUCACGGAUACGCUGAACGGAACAGGUCUUGCUGAAGGACUUGCUGGUGAUGGUCAAUUGUUCGCCUACUUUGACGACGGCCACCACCGCCAGCUUCCCCGCCUCACACAGGGUCCGUUCAGGUACAAGACCUAUGCGUACGAGAACUUCCAAAAGUCACAGGCAUUUUCCGGGGGCCAUGAAAUGAAGAGUGCUGUCAUUGCACCGAGCUUGCUUUACCUCUUGUAUCCUCUGAAAGGCGAUAUUGAAGGGUACAACAGGGAGCAGUUCACUCAUGAUCUGGUGAGGGAGUGUGAGAAGGACAUUCGGGGAUGUUUUGCAGCUGGGUCCAAGAGAGUCUCAAUCGACUUCACAGAGGGCCGAUUGGCGGCGAAGAAGGACCCUAGAAACCCCUGGACAAAUGAGGAUCUGCUUCAAACGUUCGUGGACAUUAUCAAUCAAGUCCUCGACAAAUUCACUGCCGAAGAGCGGGCAAACAUUGGGCUUCACACUUGCCCCGGUGGUGACUGCGACUCUGUCCACUCUGCUGACGUGCCGUAUCAUUCACUUCUUCCCUCACUUUUCAAGAUCAACGCAGGAUACUUCCUGAUACAACUAUCCACUGAGAAGGACAAGCCAACAGUUUGGAAGGAAAUUGGGCAGAAUAUUCGCAAGGAUGCCGACGGCGUGAAACAGGUUGCCUUCAUCGGCGUCACAAACCCGCUAGACCCUCGAGUUGAGACUGCGGAGGAAAUUGCGGAUGAUUUGUGCGAAGCAGCGAAGUACAUCCCGGUUGACCAGCUUGGUGCCACGGAUGAUUGUGGCUUCAGCCCGUUCAGUAUCGACCUUAAGCCAAAUUACAUCAAGGGCCCGGACUUCGCGAGGGACAUUGCCUUCGAGAAGAUUGCGAAUAGGGUCAAGGGGGCGAAGAUUGCUUCCGAGAGACUGGGUAUCUAG